ACUUUUCUUUCAAUUUUGUUAGUAUUAUCUCCUUCGUCUCUCUCUCCUUCUCUGAGACUGAGAGACAAUGGGAUUUCAUUCUUUCCUUCCUUCUAUUUCUACCUAAAUAAAAACCCUCCUAAUCCCCCUUAAUUUACGCCUCUUGCCCUCCUCCUCCUCCUCCUUCUCCUUCUCCUUCUUCUUGCUGCUGCUGCUGUGUCUAGGGUUUUCCUUGUAGGUUGGGUUUGUAAUAUGGAGAGAUCGGAUGGCAAACUUCCUAUCAACUUCUUUCAAACUUCCUCAGAUAAUGCGCAUUUUGAUGCUUCCCGGUAUGAAUUUUUUGGUCAAAAUGCCAUGGAAGAAGUGGAGUUGGGAGGUUUGGAAGAUGGUGAAGUGGAAGCUCCUGUUUUUGCAUCCAUUGAAGAUGACGAAUACCAUUUGUUUGAUAGAGGAGAUGUUGGAAGUUUAGGGUCACUAUCUGACAUGGAUGAUUUGGCUAGUACUUUUGCAAAGUUGAAUAGGGUUGUCACAGGACCAAGACAUCCAGGAGUUAUUGGUGAUAGAUCCGGUUCUUUUUCAAGGGAAAGUUCAUCUGCUACUGACUGGGCUGUAGAUGGAGAGCAUUUAAACUGGAUGGAUCAGCAUAUGUUCGAAACAGAAGAUUCCCAAGAAAGCAAAAGAUGGUCCUCACAGCCACAACUGACUUCUGCUCGUUUUUCAGAAUUAAAGCCAUUGUAUAGAACUUCGUCAUAUCCCCAGCAGCUGCCAGAGCCUCACUUCUCAAGUGAACCAGUUGUUGAGCCCAAACCAUCAAUCUUCACAUCUUUCCCUCCUCCUGGUAGCAGAUGCCAACAAUCUUCACCUGGCAACCUAAAAGUUCCAGUUCUUACUAGUGGAUCUCCAUCACCCUUCUCUGCAGCAAGCCUCUCUUCAUUGUCCAACUCCAGUCUUCAUCUGGCUGGUCUAUCUCAUGGAUUACAUUUUGGUGGUAAUUUGUCCCAGUUAACAUCUCCUGGCCCAUCUUUUAGUAGUAUGUCGCUAAAUCAUUGGGUUAACCAGUCUGGUCUACUACAUGGAGAACGUGCUGGUCUUUUGCAUCUUAUGUUGCAACAGCAAAUACCUCAUCAAAAUGGCCUAUUGUUCCCACAGUUAAUGUCACCUCAACAGCAGAGAAUACACCAUUCAGUUCAACCAUCUUUGGCACAUUUUGCUGCAUUGCAAUCUCAAGUGUAUAAAUCUCAUCCUUCACAUAAAAUGGUGUUUGGACUGGCUGAUCUUAGGGAACAUCGGACUAAAUCAUCACAAAGAAACAGGCAGAGCAUGCGUUUGUCUCAGCAAAGUUCUGAUGCUGGUAGCCAGAAAAGUGAGAGUGGGUUGGUACAAUUCAGAUCCAAGUAUAUGACUGGUGAAGAGAUAGAGAGUAUUCUCAAGAUGCAGCAUGCCGCCACACAUGGUAACGAUCCUUAUGUAGAUGAUUAUUACCACCAAGCUUGUGUUGCCAAAAGAUCUUCUGGAUCCAGGGCUAAACAUCAUUUUUACCCAUCUCACCCAAAAGAAUCACAUUCUCGAACCCGUAACAGUGGAGAGCAGCAUUUGCAUCACCAUGUUGAUGCACUCGGGAAGGUCCCCCUCUCUUCCAUUCGUAGACCCCGUCCUCUACUUGAAGUUGAUCCUCCCUUGGGCUCAGGUGAUGGUUCUGAUCAGAAAACUGAGAGGCCUCUGGAGCAGGAACCUAUGCUUGCAGCUAGAAUCACCAUUGAAGAUGGUCUCUACCUUCUUCUUGAAAUAGAUGAUAUUGACCGGCUCAUACAAUUCAGUCAGCCCCAAGAUGGUGGGGCUCAGCUCAAAAGGAGGCGGCAGGUCCUGCUUGAAGGUAUGGCAGCAUCACUUCAGCUUGUUGAUCCGCUUAGCAAAGGUGGGCAUGCAGUUAGCUGUGCUCCCAAAGACGACAUCGUGUUCCUAAGAUUAGUCUCCCUUGCAAAAGGCCGGAAGCUCAUCACUAGGCUCCUUCAGGUUCUCAUCCCUGUUAGUGAGCUUAUGCGAAUAGUGUGCAUGACCAUUUUCCGUUACUUGAGAUUCUUGUUUGGUGGUCUUUCUGCUGAUCUGGAAGCAGCUGAGACAACUAAUGACCUUGCAAAGACAGUUUCCGUGUGUGUUAAUGGCAUGGAUCUUCGUGCACUUAGUGCAUGCCUUGUUGCAGUUGUUUGUUCUUCGGAGCAACCACCACUUAGGCCUCUUGGAAGCCCUGCUGGGGAUGGUGCUUCUGUUAUCAUAAAAUCAGUUCUUGAAAGGGCCAGUCAACUUCUAAGUCAUCCCUCUGGAAAUUGCAGCAUGCCUAAUUAUACUCUCUGGAGGGCUUCAUUCGAUGAAUUUUUCGCCCUUCUUACCAAGUACUGUGUUAGUAAAUAUGAGACAAUAAUCCAAUCAAUACAUAACCAGACUCAGCCCACCACAGAAGUCAUCGGUUCAGAGGCUAUAAGGCGUGAAAUGCCUUGUGAACUUCUACGAGCUAGUCUUCCUCACACUAAUGAAUCCCAGAAGAAGCUUUUGAUGGACUUUUCUCAGCGUUCGGUGCCCAUGAACGGAUCCAAUUCGCCUGCUGGGAGUACUAGCCGAAUCAACUCUGAAACGGUAAGGGUCUAAUAAAGAAGGGAAGGGUAGCAUGCAAAUGUUGUGAACAAUGCAGUUGAUAGGAUGUAGAAUGAGAGAACAGAGGGGAAGAGGUAUGCAUUAUUGUCCUCCUUCCUCUCUUCUUCCCUUUUCCUAAGAUCAUGAAAGUUGAUCGAAUUUAUUCUAGCAACACAGAUGAAUGUGGUGUGAUGGGGGAGAGUUGGUGAUUGGAAAUUGUUAGUGUAGCUUGUGGGGAGCUUUAUUUUGGUGCUCUGCUUUGAGACACUCCGAUACCAAGGGGAGUCGUAAUAUUAGUGGGUUGGAAUGAAAAUGAAUGUACAGUUGGUCGCUUACUGAACCUUGGGAACACUCCUUUUCUAUACUGUUCCAAUUACAGUAGCUCUGAGGGAGUCCGAUGAUGUCCAAAUUGGGUGGGUUUGUGGCUUUUCUAGUCUACUUGAGUUAUUGAAGGGGGGUGGGGGAUGAAGGGCUGGCUUCUGAGAGCAAUUCAAAAUCAACCUGUAAAAAUAGAAAAAGAAAUGUUUUAUAUGAUCAGACUUUGCUUUUAAUUCUAAAUGCAAAUCAAGAUUUGUUGCU